GGGAGUGUCGUUUUUCCACGGCUCUGGUUUUUUCUAACCAAGUGAAAUCGAAAGUAAAGUGCUUCAUGACAAGACUCCAUUUCACCGAUAGAAGAAGUGAAUCAGUGAAGGAAUAUGGCGUCUGUUAAAGACCUGCUUAAGGAAUCACUGGAGGACCUGAAAACCGCUGAGCUGAAGGAGUUUCAGGGGCAAAAAAAAGUGCAGAUGAGCAGUAACACUGACACUGCAGUCAGUGUUGAUGUAACAGCUGACAGAGGUGGAAGUGUAAAUGCUCUUUUUCUCGAUAGAAACAUUAUCACAGGCCCAGUAAAAAUCAACUAUUUUUCAAAUGCUGCAAGACACAAUACACCAACAAGGAUCGAUGAAGGCUCAACUGCAGAGGGCCAUGAAGCUGAUUACAGAAAGAUCAGCUGCAAACUGAAGAAGAAAUUACAAGAGGACUACAAGCGGAUAUUAGUUGGUGAUUCUAAGACGGGUCAUAAGAAAUAUGUGGAUGAUAUUUACACUGAUCUGUAUGUAGUGGAGAAUGUGACUGGAGGAAUAGUGAAUGACCAUGAGGUGAUACUGACUGAAUUGAGUCACAACCAAUUUUCUGCCAAGGACACGCCAAUCCAGUGCAAUGACAUAUUCAAAAACCACAUGGGUCGACAAAACAAAAAAGUGCUGAUGAUGGGCAUUGCAGGGGCGGGAAAAACUGUCUCUGUCAAUAAAUUCAUCCUUGACUGGGCUAAAGGAAAUGAAAAUCAGGAUAUAGACUUCAUAUUUCCACUUCCAUUCCGUGAACUGAAUAGGAUAGAAACAAAAAAGUGCUGUCUCAUGGAUCUGCUUCACAAACACUUCUUUAGUGGAAGAACUGAAGAACUGCCCUCUCUUCCUGAAGAUGAAGGUAAGGUCAUGUUCAUCUUUGAUGGGCUGGAUGAAUGUCGCUUCCAGUUGAGUUUUGAUGAGGAUGACAAAUUAACAGAUGUUCAUGAAAAAACAACAGUGAGUAGGAUAGUAACAAACCUGGUCAAGAAAGAUCUGUUUCACUCGGCUCUUGUUUGGAUCACAUCCAGACCUGCAGCAACUGGCCUGAUACCCAGAGAUUACAUUGAUCAGGUAAUAGAGGUGCGAGGAUUCAACGAUGAGCAAAUAGAACAAUACUUCAUCAAAAACAGCAGUCCUGAAGUUGCUGAAACCAUCAUCCAUCACAUGAGGAAAUCCAGGAGUCUGUACAUCAUGUGCCACAUCCCCAUCUUCUGCUGGAUCUCUCUCACUGUUCUUCAGCCUCUGCUGGAUCAAGAGAGCAAUGACAAAGUACCAACAACUCUCACAGGGAUGUACACAAACUUCUUACUUUCUCAGAAGCAACAGAUGGGGAAAAAAUAUCAUGAUGGUCGUACACCUAUGCCCGAAGCCAAGUCUUUUGAUGAGAUUCUUCUGAAGCUUGGGAAACUGGCUUUUAAACAGCUACAGAAAGGUAUGUUGAAUUUCUCCCAAGAAGAUCUUAAGGAGUGUGGACUAGAUGUCAGUGAAGGGUCAGUGUACUCUGGGUUAUGCACUCAGAUCUUUCAGAAGAAAACAGGCAUUUUAGUGAGAAACGUUUACAGCUUCAUACAUCUCAGUGUCCAGGAGUUCCUCGCUGCUCUCUAUGUGUUUUUAACUUACAGAAGUUCAGGGGCAAACCCAUUUCUUCAAUCUUGGAUAGAAAUACUGAUAUGGAAACUCUUCAGAAGAUCACUAAUUGGCCUUCACAAGUCUGCGAUCAACAAGGCUUUAGAAAGCGAGAACGGACACCUGGACCUUUUCCUCCGGUUCCUCUUGGGUCUCUCACUGGAGUCCAAUCAGAGUGACCUGAAGGAACUGCUGCCAGCACUGGAUCUGAAAACAGAGAAUGUCAAAGAAACUGCUGAUUAUAUCAAAAAGGCAAUAGAGAAGGAGGAAUCAGUAGAGAGGACCAUUAAUCUCUUCUGCUGUCUGAGAGAACUGAAAGAUGACUUUGAGGAAGAGAUUCAGAAGAAUCUGAGCUCAGGAAAUCUUUCAGAACAGAAUCUCUCCUCUGCUCAAUGGUCAGCUCUGGUGUUUGUGCUACUGAUGUCAGAAGAGACUCAAGAGAUGUUUGAACUGCAGAAAUACAGCCCAUCUGAAGAAGACCUGGAGAGACUAAUGCCAGUGAUCAGAAACACCAGAAGAGCACUGCUACAGUCCUGUAAUCUCACCGGUCACUGUUGUGAGAGUUUGUCAUUAACUCUACAAUCAAAAUGUGUCCUGAGGGAGCUGGAUCUGAGUAAAAAUGACCUACAGGAUUUUGGAGUGAAGUUGCUCUUUGAUGGACUGAAGAUUUCAAGCUGUCGGCUGCAGAAACUGAGAUUGUCUGACUGUAUGGUGACAGAGGAAGGCUGUGGUUAUGUGUCUUCAGCUCUGAGUUCAAACACCUCACUGAGUGAGCUGGAUCUGAGCUACAAUCACCUGGGACAAUCAGGAGUCAAGCUGCUCAACGACAAACGGAAGGAUACACUGCAGAUACUCACUGAGGAUCAUGAAGAAGAAUUCAGAAGUAAAGCACCUCAUAAAUAUGCCUGUGAUCUCACACUGGAUCCAAACACAGCACACACUCAACUCAUCCUAUCUGAGGAGAACAGGAAGGUGACGCGUGUGGAAGAGAAUCAGCCGUAUCCUGAUCAUCCAGAGAGAUUUGAUGAUGUUCCUCAGGUUCUGUGUGAAGAGAGUCUGGCUGGACGCUGUUACUGGGAGGCUGAAUGGAGCGGACGUGCUGAAAUAUCAGUGACAUAUAAAGGAAUCAACCGGAAAAGAGGGAGAGAAAACAGUGUGUUUGGUCACAAUGACAAAUCCUGGAGUCUGGAGUGCUCUGAUGACGAAUUCACUGUCUGGCACAAUAAUGAGUCUGUCACACCAGCCUCUCCACGACACUCUAAUAGAGUAGGAGUGUAUUUGAACUGGUCAUCUGGCAUUCUGUCCUUCUACAGCGUCUCUGACACACACACACUCACACACUUACACACAUUCAACACCACAUUCACUGAACCCCUCUAUGCUGGAUUCGGGGUUCAUUUGGACUCUACAGUGUCCGGGUUCUCUAACCUCAAGAAGCAUCUGAAGAAUGACAUUCAAACCAGAGAGGAGGAUCAAUCCAGCAUCUUCACUGCAACUGAGAAAAACAAACUGUGUCUGAAUAGCAAGGCAGAUAAAGUACAUUUUUAUGAUCAAAAUUGGCCAGUUCUCAUUCAGAGAGUUACAAAUGUCCAGAUCAUUGCAGAUAGACUGUAUCAGCAGAAAAUAAUUCAUGCAGAACAAUAUUCAGAAAUCACACAGCGUUUAACCCGUCAGGAGAGCAUGAGAAAGAUCUGUGAUAUUAUAAAUACAGGGACUGAUUAUGUGAAAGCUAAAUUCAUCUCAAUUCUUCAGGAAGAGGAGCGUUGCCUUUUAGAAAACUGGUCUGAUUAAACACCAUGAGCUCAAGAUGCAUGAAUUUAAAACUGCUGAAGAUAAACUGAGGACUUUUCUAGUGAUGAUACUGGAAAAAUAUUGCUUUAGUCAAAAUGACCAAAAUAUACAUAGCAGCUAUAUCUUCCAAAAUAUUAAUUCAUAUUAACUUUACAAAGAAAUCUCAUAAAUGUGGUGUUUUUGUUUACAUGGCAUGGCAGGCCACAUUACACUUUUCCUUCCAUUGAUUUACAUUCAGUAUACAUGCAAAUGCUGUAGAUUAAAGAAAUAAAAGUGAGAUCCAAUGAAUUUCACUGUAUUCCAAGGUUCAAGGCCGGUUCUCAAUACUGUAUGUGUUCUUGUGUUCUUUGUGAAUCGUCAUCAGUCGCUGCCCAAGUACUGUUUCCAUCAGGUGCUGUUAUGUGCAGACCUGAGACGUUACGUCUCAAUGCAUCUCACACCAACCAGCGAGCUUACGAUGAGGGGGGAGAAAACACUUAUUUUAUUGGAGACUGUGAGGUUCAGGCGAUCACUAGGCACUCAACGCUCACGUACCUCGUUGAGAACAGCCUUAUCUUAGUGAGUCCUUCUGACAUUAGCUUCUGGUUCUGAUGUGUCUGUAUUAUAGUUAAGCAUGAGAUAUCAUUUGUUUGGGGUAUAUAUAAUGGGCAAUCUUUUGUUUCAUCUAUGUUUUUUUUUUUCUGGGCUAGGUAUUAUAAGUUUAUAUUAUCUUUAAAAUUGUACUGGAGUGCAGCUGCCUUUGUACUUUUGACCAAAUUGUUGCUUGUCUUUUUUCCUAUUAGCUUAUUUUGUUUAAAUAUAUAUUACAGUGAGGAUAAACAGUAGACAUGUAUUGCCAAGAUGAUCUAUGUGAAGUUAGCAGAUAUGCUGCCUUUCCAUAUCGACCGGACUGUGUCCUCCUGGCCUCGGUCUGAACUACCAAAGACACAAGUUCAAACUUGGCAUUUAGAAACGCUCAUGUUUGGUGAACUCUGACCUGUGAAUUCAUAUCACAUGAGGAGUGUGAACAAUAGGUGAAUUGAACAGCUGAAUUAAUUGAAUACAAACUUUAAAGUUUUGCAGUAAAGUGUUAUUGAUUGAACUGAUGUUAUAUGUUGAAUUAUGUUUUUCAAAAAUAUAAGUUGCAGAGUGUGUGAGAUUCGCUCACAAUAGUGUGUACCUUUUUAUUUUUUAUUUUUUUUGUCAGUAUCCAUCAGAGUGAACAUCAAACCUGUGUCUUAGAAAUGUUACAGUGUUUCCAGGAGCAAACAUAUGAUAUGUUUAACUGAUUAUGACACACGUGAAGGUCUAUGGUUUCUCUCUUAACUGAGGAAUAAAUCAUCUAAGAAUCUCUUUGUGGAUGUUGGUGUUGUGCAUUAAACUCUCCAUGUUUGUUCUUCAGAUUUACCAACCAAAUGACUUUGUAAAUAUUCAAUAAACCCCAGUAUUGAAAGCA